GCGCCCCGGGCGCCCGGGACCCCGAGAAGCUCGGCAGAGCCCGACGGGCCCGCAGCCGCGAUGCCAGACGAGCUGACGGAGCCCGGGCGCGCCACGCCGGCCCGCGCCUCCUCCUUUCUCAUCGAGAACCUGUUGGCGGCCGAGGCCAAAGGCGCUGGGCGCGCGGCCCAGGGCGGCGGCGGCCGCGAGGACGAGGAGGAGGACGACGACGACCCGGAGGAUGAGGACGCGGAGCAGACGCGGCGGCGGCGGCUGCAGCGGCGGAGACAGCUGCGCGCGGGCGCGGGGCCGGGCGGGGAGGCGCGCGCGCGGGCGCUGCUGGGGCCUGGCGCGCUGGGCCUCGGUCCCCGGCCGCCCCCCGGUCCCGGGCCGCCCUAUGCUCUGGGCUGCGGCGGCGCGACGCGCUGGUACCCGCCGGCACACGGCGUCUACGGAGGCGGCCUCAGUCCCGACACCAGCGACCGGGACUCACCGGAGACGGGCGAGGAGAUGGGCCGCGCUGAGGGCGCCUGGCAGCGGGGCCCCGGGCCGGGAGCGGUGCAGCGGGAGGCGGCGGAACUGGUGGCGCGGGGUCCGGCUGCAGGCGCGGAGGAGGCGGCGGAGCUGGCGGAGGCCCGGGCAGCGGCAGGGGAGGCGCGUGGCGGCGUGGCCGUUGGCGGCGGUCGAAAGAAGAAGACGCGCACGGUCUUUUCGCGUAGCCAGGUCUUCCAGCUCGAGUCCACUUUCGACCUGAAGCGCUACCUGAGCAGCGCCGAGCGCGCCGGCCUGGCCGCCUCCCUGCAGCUCACCGAGACGCAGGUCAAGAUCUGGUUCCAGAACCGCCGCAACAAGUGGAAGCGGCAGCUGGCGGCUGAGCUGGAAGCCGCUAGCCUGUCCCCGCCGGGCGCGCAGCGCCUCGUGCGCGUGCCCGUGCUCUACCACGAAAGCCCCCCAACUGCGGCCGCCGCGCCCCCCGCCGCACUGCCCUUCCCGCUGGCGCCCAACGCGCCCGCGCCGCCCCCGCCGCUGCUCGGCUUCUCCGGGGCCCUCGCCUAUCCGCUGGCCGCCUUCCCGGCGGCUGCCUCCGUGCCCUUUCUGCGGGCGCAGAUGCCCGGCCUGGUGUGAGCCCCACCCGUUGGGCCCACUCCCGUGGCCACGAGGGAGCUCUGUGGAUGCGCGGGUGGUGCGGGGCGCAGGGGGCCAUCCUGGAGGGUUGGCUCCAUGGGAUUGCUAGCUGCGGCCCUGGCGGCGGAGGCUUUAUCCCAAGCUCCCCCAAAAUGUAACAGGGACGCUACUGACGGUAGCUCCCCAAAAAGUUGCAAGGCUGGACCCCCGCAGGAAGAGGGUAUCACCGAGAGACAGUGGCCAUGCAGCCCAGAGCCCCUGGGGUCAGGCCUUAGCCUAGAAGUGAAUUUAGCCACCCCCUCAGGAGGGAGCCAGCACCCGGCCAGCCCACAGAAAAGAGAAACCAGAAACAGGCUCCAAGGUGCUGCGGGAGAGGUGACCAUCCCCCAACACAAACGCCCUUCCCGGUACCGCGAAGGGACCAGGACGGCAGGCCACCCGAGGACUGUGAUCAGCCUUACGGCCUUGACAAUGGGCUGGCAGAGAGAGAACCGGGGGAGAGAGCCCCUGUGGAGAUGGCUUCUCAGAUUGUCCAUUCUAAAGGCAGGGCCAGACUGGGGCUUCUCUCCUGGGCUGCAGCCACCAGCGGCGAAGACUUUUUUUUUUUUUUU